AUGGAAGUGUUCACAUUACCAAUUUUUUAGAAAUUAAACAAAAUGUAAUCUUGUUUGGAAGAGGAAAUAUAUGAGCCGAUGGAGGAGCCAUAGUAGCAGCCUACUUGUGACGAAUGCAAAAAGGUUUUUACCAACAAUUCUAAACUAUAAAGACAUAUACGAGAGACACACUAAAAUUUGAAGUUGUUUCGAUGUGAGUAGUGUGGGAAGGAGUUCAAGCGUUCUUAGCAUCUGAAGAGACAUCAGUUAACUCACAGUGGGAGUCGACCAUUUAAUUGUGAAUGUUGUCCAUAGAAGUUCACGUGUAAACAUCAUUUGAAAAGACAUAUGCAAUUAAUUCACGAGAUGAAAUCGUACGAAUGCAAUGAGUGUGAUUAAAAGUUUGGUAAGAAGAGACAAUUGAAAAAGCAUUAGCAAGAAGAUCAUCAUAAAAAAUAAUAAUAAAAUGAUUUAUUUUAAUGUUUAAAAUGCAAUAAAGUGUUUUAGAGAUUGAGAUCCUUGAGGAAACACAAUUUGAUUAGACACAAAAACAUACGAGCAUUUGGAUGUGAAAAGUGCAAUAAACAUUUUGCUCAUAAAUAAACCUUAAAUAAGCAUAUAUAAAGGUGUCACAGUGAAAUUUGA